AAUUCAAAUUGAUCACGUACAGCAAUCAGUGCGAGCCUUGGCCUUGGUAGCAAUCAUGAUUAUAACACACAUCCUAUCGUAACUGAGGUUAAAUUACAUCAUAGUAGAGUCAUCCAGCGUAACACUAUUAAACACCCAAGAAUAUAACAGUUCGAAUGAAAAACUUAUUUUGGUGUUAAUUUUGGUUCCGGAGCAAACAGUCUUAACCAACGGUUGAAGCCAUUAAUCGAAAGCUUACUCGCAAUGACUUGAUGUGGCAAUCGAACGCUUUACCCGUUAACAUGUACUGCUAUAGUAUGAAGUGACAACGGUGUAGAUUGAAUAACAAAUCACUCGAACAAUGCAAAUGAGAUGACCCAACAUGAACAAGAAUGCUUGCUACCUAGUAGUACAGUUAAUUAAUGAACCAAUGUUAUUUAAGAUGCACCUGUGGCAUAGGCAGUUGACAGAACCAAUACAAGAAUAGAAGUCUGAACUGCUUUUUUUAUUGUUUUCUUGAGAACACUUAUCUGGACAACAGUUGAGCUUUUUAAUUACAUCUGAAGCAAAAUUUGUCAACAAGCGUUCAUUUACUGUCACGACCCAUUAUGAUUCAUUCAAUUACGAUUUUUGUUACCAUGUACAAUGCUGGUCUGUAAAUCAAAAUUAGGAUACAGAAACCGCACAUCAGUAGUUUCUACAAAUUACUACUAAUGAGGGAUCCUCUGUGUCCAGUAUAUGGUACUUAUUUAAUGUCAUUCUAAAGGUGAUUAAUGGCGAAGAAACUCGUACAGUACGAACUCGUACACAAAGGGCGCACGAAAUUGGUACUAAUUAGUUUCCUCCCUUACCGGUUUGGCUUAAAGAACAUUUCGGAAAAUAUUCUUCAACAUUAUCUGAUGGAGAAUCACGUAUUCUAAGAAUGUGGAUCGGAUGUACCGCGACUACAACAGCAGUCAUAAUUCGAAAUAUGCGUCAUACUUGUAAAAAUGGAGUGUAGUAUACUCAUACGAUCGAGUACGCUUCGUUUGAUAACGGUAUUAUAACGAACCAUAGAUUUUAUUGCGAUAGUCAUGUCGCAUUUCAACCUUAAUGAUGCAUAAUAAGAACUAAUUUUAGUAUAACAAUUGCAAAAGAAAGCGAUAAGAGUGAGUGUCAGUAACGGUGUGACGGCGACCUAAGUACUUUAUAAUCUUCCAGACGAAAAUAGGUAUAUUAGGUAAACCUGUAACAAGUCUAGACCACUAGUCGUUGGAUAAUUAGGCAAGUACUGCUGUGUAAUACCAUAUAAUGCGAUUAGGAGUCGAAAGGUUGGAAGCAUGAUGUUGGUUUCAGAAACCUUUUAGGUGUGGGCGAAUGGCACCUAUUUAAGGAAAAAAUUACCGAAAUCUGUGUAGUAUUGUCAAGUUUUGCAGCAAUGCACGUUACACGUGCCGUCUGAUCAAUACGCCGGUCGGGACGGCGACCGGCUGUCGGCGGCAUGGCGUGUCACCCCUAAACACAGCUGAUUCCACCUAUUCCCCUCAGUCAGUUCGUUCACCCUUCGUCCCGCACCUCUUCCACCCUCCCAAACUUUCGAUCUCGUUAAAACAUAAACAUAUCCUCGGUACCCGGCGAAAUUCAGAUAGGAAAUUACAAAUUUCCUGGCAAUACAAACGCCGGUUUUCGUCAUAAUUAUUUAUGAAAAAAUACGAUCGCGAUGGUUAUGGUGAAAAUAGUUUAUCAUAUCUCAAACGUAAAUUAAUUACUAAGGAAAAAUGUAUUCGCGUAAAGGUGCUGGACCCUCAAAGGAUUCUUCUUACAGAACUGAUACUGAAGUCCACGAUGGAUACACAGAACAACAGCAACAACAGUACACUAAAUACCUGAAGAAGUUAAAAAAUGAUUUCGAUGAGACCUGGUGCAAGAGAGCAAAACUAAACAUGGAUUUCACUGAACUGGAGCGAAUCAAAACCCUAGGUACAGGAGCUUUUGGCAGGGUAGUGUUAUUAAAGCAUUCGAAAAGUUACAAAUUAUACGCAAUGAAGGUAUUAGAAAAAGAAAAGAUAGUGAAAAUGAAACAGGUUGAACAUACGCUCUACGAAAAGCGCAUUCUAGAAGCAAUCAGGUUCCCAUUCACAGUUUGCAUGGAAUUCAGUUUCAAGGACAACAGUUGUAUCUAUUUUAUUAUGCCAUUCGUACCAGGCGGUGAAAUGUUCACCCAUCUACGGCGAAUGGGUAAGUUCGAAGAGCCACUAGCGAAAUUUUAUGCAAGUCAAGUAAUUUUAGCCUUGGAGUACCUGCAUUUUUGUAACCUAGUUUACCGCGACCUAAAGCCAGAAAACAUUUUGAUUGAUAAAUCAGGGUACCUGAAAAUAACAGAUUUUGGAUUUUGUAAGAUAUUGCAAGGUAGAACAUGGACUUUGUGUGGAACGCCGGAAUACUUGGCUCCGGAACUUAUUUUAAGCAAAGGUUACGGGUUUUCGGUAGACUGGUGGUCGUUUGGUGUUUUGCUUUUCGAAAUGAAUGCUGGCUACCCACCUUUCUAUGCUAAUGAUCCUAUGAAGACAUAUGAGAAAAUCGUAAGUGGAAAAUACAGGUGCCCAUCGAGUUUUAACAGUGACUUAAGAGAUCUAAUACGUAACAUUCUCCAAGUCGACAUAAGCCAUCGCUACGGUGUAAUGAAAAAUGGGGUGAUGGAUUACAAAAAUCACAAGUGGUUUAAGGGCAUCGAAUGGGAAUCAAUACUAAACUGUCGAACGCAGCCACCAUUCGUUCCAAAAUACAGGGGACCGGGCGAUACUACGAACUUCGACCGAUAUGAAGAGGAAACUAUAACACCAGCUUCGCACUGCUUAUUUGAAGCAGAGUUUUACGAUUUUUAGUUUCUAAAAAUUAAGUUAUGUGAUCCAUUGUCCCAACAUUAAAUAAGAAUUAUUUGAACAAUAUUCAGACUGUAUUUUUAUUCAUAACGCAUGGUUGUGUGAUAGUUAUUUUUAAUAGUUAUUUAAAAAGGCACAUCCUGACCCAUAAUCUUGUAUCACAUUUGUUCGUUUUGUUGAAAGACGAUUUGAAUUCAUAAUGGGGCACGUGUGAGGGCCCCUCGUGACAUGCGCCCGCGCAGCGCCAGAGAACAGUAAUAACAGCAGGCAAAAGGGCACGCGACGCAUCUAUAUUGAAUUUUCGUGACAAGUUUCGAGUGAGUAUUGUGUAGGGGGACACUUAUAAAAUGCAUUGAUCGUGGCGGUUACAAAACAAGGCACGUUGUAAGACUAUUGUAAAAAUGACGAGAACAACAGCGGCCGAGUUGUGUUGUUCAUCCAACGCAUAAUAUGCUUAAAUUCGUACAUUAACAUUAUUCUUACUGCCUGACAAAAGUCAUAACUGUUCUAUUCUAGUUAAUGUAAGACAAUCGCGUUCAAAAUAUUUCGGGAACAAUAAGAUAUAAACAGAAUAUCUGCACAUGUACAGUAUAGUCAGAACACAUGUCCGGCAUAUUCUGAAAGAGUCGGCUGAAUAGAUAUAGUAUGUGACCUGAAUUUGUGCCAGAACUCUGCCAAGAUUAGCAUGACUGAUGCUGUUAUAGCAACGUAUUUUGACUUUCAUUACAUUCUUCAAUGGAAUAUUUUAGCAAUACGUUAGACAGUGAAGUGUGCAAUUUGCAUACCUACCUUAUAAAUAAAUGUUAUACUAAUUCAAACAAAGUACCUACUUAAUCACUUUUGUGAAUGACUUGUUAUCUAAUAUAUUACAAUUUUACAGUUGAUUCAUACAAAAUCCCAUCUAAAUGCAUAAUCAUAUAAGAAAACUGCAAUUUAUUAUCAUACGUCACAAUAAACAACUAAUGUUUCUCCUGUACUGGUACUGCAUUUGCACAAAAUAUUUAAAAUGAUAAUGUUAAAAACUUCCAAACAAAAAUUUACUUAGUUAACAUAUAUAUUAUAUGAUGUAGCAAGAAUUUCGUCGAAAGUCAAGACAAAGCACACACAAAGCUCAUUUAUCUGCAAAAUAAGUUCUAAACCUGCAUUUAACCCAACGACUUGCAGCUAUUACUCAAUAGCGUUGGCAAAUCGAAGCUCCAAGAAUUACGCACUUACAAUUUUAUGGUACGACACCUCAUAGGGACAAUGGCUUGAAACAAUAGCUUUUCUCCGUGUGAUGGUGGCAAGGGACCAGUGCAACCGACCGGAAAGUGAAGGAAGCGCGGUUCCGUCUCACGAAGAGGACGUGACGUCAGAAAAUAGCCAAGGUUUACCUCUUAAAGGGUUGAUGAUUCACUUAUUAGCAUAGCGAACGUUGCUUGGUAAGACAAAGGUGUAUUAUAUUUUGAGGUUAAUAACGUCAUACUAUUUUCAUUGUCAUUGCUAUGCUUGUGUAAGCAAUUUGGGUAAUCUGGGCAAAUAACACUUUAGUUGUAAACUAUUAUUAGAUAUGUAUGUAUAACGGUUAUGCUUUUAUCAAAAACUGGUAUAACCAAUGAUAUUGCCAAGUUUUAUUCAUGCAAAGGUUCUUGUUCUGAACUCUUCAAAUUAUAUUAUUACGUAAAUAAUUUGAAGAGUUUAGAGUUUAAGUUUAGUGCAGUGCUAAGGUUCAUUGUUAAGUCAUAAGUAAAACGUCAUAUAACUGUUAGUUCUGUACAAAAUGGCCUAAAGUUAACGUCUUUUUAGGUCGAGAAACUGGUGAAUAGGCAUUAUUUUAACAAGAGUACCCCCAUUUAUAUUAUACGAAGCCUUUAGAGGUUGUAGACAAAAGCUCCGAAAGUUCAGCCAAGCCUCCUUCGUAUUCACAAUGGUGGUUCUUACAUAACCAUUGCCUAACAAAAGCCUAGGUUCUACGAUACAAUGUAGUGUUAUCUGAUUUAGACGCGAAGUGUCUAUAACUUCACAAUAUAACCAGUAAUAUUUGUAAAUAUUGUAUUGUAUACCUAGCUUCAUAUCUAAGAGUAUAUUUUAAGAACUAACCUGUUCGUAGUUUCAAUUCACACUUAUAAUUAAAUAUGAAAGUAUGAUGUCUGCCUGUAUGUUACGUUUUCAUGGCCAAACAGCUCUCCCAAAUGCGACACAAUAAGGUUUGGGGAUAUCUCAAACUCGUUAAACUUAUAGGCCCAAUGCAACUAUAACAGAAUUAAAGUCGGCGCCGCGAUCUAAAGCUAUACAAAAAUCACUACACCUUU